AUGGCAAAACUUAUUUUAUAUUUCUCUGUGUCUGCAGGGUCAGCAGCCUCGGGAGCCCUGAGGGAGCUGAUCGGUGCCCUUGAUAGGUCCGUGACUUUCCCUCUGGAGUUCACAGAAGAGCAAGUUGACAGUGUCGUCUGGACCUUCAACACAACCACUCUUGUUACUAUACAGCCCAAAGUGGGUGACAAACAAGCCACUGUCAUUGUGACCCAAAAUCGUAAUAAGGAAAGGGUGGACUUCCUACAUGGAAACUAUUCCCUGCAGCUCAGCAAACUGAAGAAGAGUGACUCAGGUGUCUACCGUGUGGAGAUACACCGUUCAUCCUCCCAGAUUCCCAUCACCCAGAAGUAUGGGCUGCGUGUCUAUGAGUACCUGUCAAAGCCCAAAGUCACCAUGGGUGUGCAGAACAAUAAGAAUGGCACCUGCCUGACCAAUCUGACAUGCUCCAUGGAACAGGGAGGAGAGGAUGUGACUUACCGCUGGAAAGCCCUGGGGCAAGAAGCCAAUGAGUCCCAUGAUGGCUCCAUCCUCCCCAUCUCCUGGAGUCUAGGGGAAAGGGACAUGAUCUUCAUCUGCGUGGCCCGGAACCCCAUCAGCAGCAACUCCUCAAGCCCCAUCCUUGCCAGGGAACUCUGCAAAGGUGCUCCCAGUGACCCAGAUUCCUUCAUAGUCUUCCUGUAUCUCCUGUUGAUGUCCAUCCCACUCAGCCUCCUUGUACUGGUGCUAGUUCUUUUGAGUCUGCAGAGAAAGAGAAAAAAAGAGUUCAUUGAAAGGAAGAAGAGAAUUCCUGACAUUCAUCAGGAAACACCUAACUCCUGCCCCUAUUCUGGAGAGAACACAGAGUGUAGCACAGUCUCUUACACUGAUACAACUAUACCAAAGGAAGACCCAGCAAAUACACUUUAUUCCACUGUGGAGAUGCCAAAAAAGUAA